AUGAGUCGGCGAAGUAUGAAAAAUUGCGAGGGCAUCAUGUUUGAGUCAUGGCUUGAGGAGUUUGGGGACGCCGAGCUGAUGCAGAUGUUCAUGCCAUUCGGUCACGUGAUUUCCGCCAAAGUAUUCAUCGAUAGGGCGACCAAUCAAAGCAAGUGUUUCGGCUUCGUCAGUUUCGACAACGCUUCCAGUGCUCAGGCUGCGAUCCAGUCAAUGAACGGCUUCCAAAUCGGCAUGAAACGGUUGAAAGUUCAGCUGAAGCGCCCAAAGGAUGCCAGCAAACCGUACUAA